AUGCGCUGGAAAAGUGAGGCCAAAGUUCAACGCUGCUACCAGGCGAGUGAGGUGGAGGUUGCCGAUGAAGACAUCGGGUCGAGCCUGCAAACGAUGUCGGCUGAGCCUCUUUUGACUACCAGCGUGUGUGCCAGCUGCAAUCAAGAAAUCAUCGAUAAAUAUUUAUUGAAGGUGAGCGACCUGUCGUGGCACGUGCGCUGCCUCUGCUGCAGCGUUUGCCGGGCUGCGCUAGGAGGCCACACCAGUUGCUACAUUAAGGACAAGGAGGUCUUCUGCAAAAUGGAUUACUUCAGAAGGUUCGGGACAUGGUGUGCGUGCUGCGGCCGCCACAUCCACGCUACCGACUGGGUGCGUCGCGCCAAGGGCAACGCGUACCACUUGGCGUGCUUUGCCUGCUUUUCGUGCAAGAGGCAGCUGUCUACCGGAGAAGAGUUCGCCCUGGUAGACGAAAAGGUGCUCUGCAGGGUCCACUACGACUGCGUGCUGGACAAGCUCAAGAGGGCGGCAGACAAAGACAGCAGUGUAAAUAUGGAGGGCGCGGUGCCCACCGAACAGGAAAUGAACCAGCCCAAACCCUCCAAAAGAGCCAGGACCAGCUUCACUGCUGACCAGUUGCAGGUGAUGCAGGCGCAGUUUGCACAAGACAACAACCCAGAUGCUCAAACACUGCAGAAACUCGCCGAGCAGACGGGCCUCAGUCGAAGAGUCAUUCAGGUUUGGUUCCAAAACUGCCGCGCCCGCCACAAGAAACAUGUGAGCCCCAAUCACACGUCGGGUGUAACCCUGACCUCCUUGCAGCCCGCCCGUCUGGCCCCGCCCACUCCCACCCUCGAGGAGUUGCAGUACACCACCUACGGGGGUUCGGAAGGCUCCAUGUUGUCCGCGCUGCAUUCCUUCAUCGAUAGUGAGCACCAGGCUUUUUAUGAACUUCUUUACGAGUGA